AGGGAAAAAAAGAGGAUAAGUGGGGGCUCUUCUGAUUCUAUCUCUCUAGGAUUUUUGGGUUAGUUUUUUGGUGAAGAAGAUGAAGUCGAAUCAAAGGCAGAGCCUUGAAGAAAGCAACGAGCUUGAACGCGGUGCCGACAGUAACAACACCGCCACCUCAGGGUCCAGUCCAUCGGUGGCGAAUACUCCGGAGCAAAACCUUCCGGCGACGGCGCUGAUGAUGAAAGAAGAGCUGGCGGACCCAGUGCAACAGUUAGACCAGCAGGGAUCUCUGUCCAUGGGGAUUGUUCCGGUGCCCGUUUCUACGGCACCGAAACCGGCAAGGAGGUCGUCGAAGGACCGCCACACGAAGGUGGAGGGCCGGGGCCGGAGGAUCCGAAUGCCCGCCACGUGUGCGGCCAGGAUUUUUCAACUGACCCGGGAACUCGGCCACAAGUCCGACGGUGAAACCAUUAGGUGGCUGCUGGAGCACGCCGAGCCUGCUAUCAUUCAAGCCACCGGCUCAGGCACCAUCCCCGCUAUCGCCGUUUCGGUCGGCGGCACUCUAAAGAUACCAACAACUUCGCCAGCGAGACCCAACGGUGAAGUUACUGAAAUACCUAAGAAGAGAAAGAAGAUGAGAGGGUCCCUGGGUGAGUUCGAUGACGUGCACGACCAGUCUAGCGGGUUGGCACCCAUAGCACCAAUGAUUUACGGCGGUGGUGGCGGUGGCUUGGUGCCUAUGUGGCAAAUUGGAGGAACCGGCGCGGCUGGGCCUGUCUUCAUGUUUCCGAACUCCGGGACGAUUCAGAACCAGCCUCAGCUCUGGGCUAUUCCGACGGCGGAUUCCACGGCGCCGAUUUUCAAUUUUCAACCCAGAGCCAUGUCCAAUUUCGUCUCGGUCUUUCCAGCGGGGGUUCAAGUUGGCAGCGUUGGCGGUGGAGAUGGGCAGUUGCAGGCUUCUUCGUGUUCGAUUUCGAGCGGCGCAGCCACGGGUGGUGGUGGGAGCUGCUCUUCUAGUUUGGGACACAGUUUGGACUCGGCCCCGGGGACUAGUGCUGCUGCAUCCGCCGCCACUGCUCCGCCGAGCGCCACCACUCAGAUGCUGAAGGAUUUUUCGUUGGAGGUUUAUGAUAAGAGGGAGCUUCAGUUAAUGGGGCAGGCUGCAAAUUCACAAACGCCAUGCUCAGAAUCUUGAUUUGGAGUUUUUAGUCAACUAAUUUCUAGUUGGGGUAUUUUUUUUUCAGACUAUUAGAGGGUUUAGGCCCUUUUAGCAAUGCACCAAAGAAGCCAUUCUGUUUUUGUUUAGACUCAACGGUCCUUCUUGGCUUUUGUUUCUACUUUUGGCCUUAGGUUCAAGUUGCAUUUCUUAUCAAAUUAAAUGGAGAUUGUUCAAUAA